CGUGCUGCCCUCCCGAGUGUUUCCCAAGUGUUUCAAACUGGGUUCGCUGUUUCCACGUUGGAUUCAAAGCCCCGGGAUUGGGAUCGGACUGUGCAGGGGUGGAGGGGCACUGAGGGCAAGGAGGCUGUGCCCACACUCGCCGAUGUAAGAGACCCUGGCGCACCACGCCUCGCUCUGUCCGCGCUGUGUCUUUUCAAAUUUGGUUGUUUAUUUUUUCCAAGAAGAGAAAGGCGGAGUGAGCGAGAGUGAGGGGCUGAGGCUUGCACCGUGUGAGCGAGCGAGUGUGGCCCAGGGAAAGUCCGCCUGCUCCCCUCCUCUCCUGCCCCAACAAAUAACAAAUGUAGCUUGCAAGAUGCUGAGUCCUGCGAACGGGGAGCAGCUGCACGCUGUGAACUAUGUGGAGGACUAUCUGGAUUCAAUCGAGUCUCUGCCUUUCGAUCUCCAGAGGAACGUUUCUCUGAUGAGGGAAAUCGAUGCUAAAUACCAAGACAUCCUGAAGGAGCUGGAUGAAUACUACGAGAAGCACAAGCGGGAGACAGACGGGGUGCAACGCCGCAGGAUCCUGCACUACAUCCAGCGGGCCCUGAUCCGCAGCCAGGAGCUGGGCGACGAGAAGAUCCAGAUUGUCAACCAGAUGGUGGAGCAGGUGGAGAAUCGGAGUCGGCAGGUGGAGGGACAUGUCGAGCUCUUUGAGAACUGCGCUGACACCAACGAAUCCAACAGCAAGUCCUCGCUGGACAGGUCCAGGAGCGAGGGCGCGGCACCCGUGGAGAAAGCCAGCGCCAAGAGGUCCAGGAGACAGCGCAACAACGAGAACCGGGAGAACACCUCCAGCAACCAUGACCACGAGGAGACCAGCGCCGCAAUGCCCAAGGAGAAGAAAGCUAAGACAUCCAAGAAGAAGAAGAGAUCCAAAGCCAAGGCGGAGAGAGAGGCCUCUCCUGCCGACCUCCCCAUUGACCCCAAUGAGCCCACUUACUGCCUGUGCAACCAGGUCUCCUAUGGAGAGAUGAUUGGCUGUGACAAUGAUGAGUGUCCCAUCGAAUGGUUCCAUUUCUCCUGUGUGAGUCUCCACCACAAGCAGGGCAAAUGGUACUGUCCCAAGUGCAGGGGUGAGAACGAGAAGACCAUGGACAAAGCACUGGAGAAAUCCAAAAAGGAAAGGGCCUAUACCAGGUAGUUUCAGUCCCAGCUCUGCUCUCUGUACAGCAACAGAUCCCUGUGUAUUUAUUACUGAAGUGUUCCCGUCUCUGGGUGAAAGGAUGGUUGGAGUUUGUUUUAAAGAAGGCAUUUGUUCUGGAGACCAGUUUAUAGUUUUUUUUUCCA